AUGGCGGCGGCGGAGGCCCCGCUCACCGGCGUGGCCUGGGCCGCUGCGCCCGAGGCGGUCCCCGCGGGCUGGACCGCGAUCACCGUUACCGUGGAGGGCGCGGCCGCCAACCUGGGCAAGGGCUUCGGGCACAAGGGCGGCGGGUACCUGUGCGUGAGCGGCGGCGGAACCCAGGCGCCUGCCGGGCCCGUGGUGACCGACGUCCAGGUGCUGAGCGACCGGAGCCCGCAGCCCGCCGGCUACAUCCGCGCCCCAGAGUUCCCGGAGCCUCGGCCCGGCCUCUCCCGGAAGAAGCGGCUGUACGUGAAGCUGCUGCCGCUGGACGCCGCCGAGACGGCCGUGUUCGACGUGAAGCUGAGCUCCAAGAGCAAAGCCCUCCCGCACUACAUGAAAAUAGGGGAAAUGGGCAGUUUCGCCAUCUGGUGUAAAAAAGCGCCGGUUUCGAAAUCCAGCCCCCAGCCCGUCCCCAAACCGCGGACCAUCAGCGCAGGCCUGAAGCAGCUCUCGCUCCAGCCCCCCGACGCGCACCCCAAGUCACCCCCGGCUCGAUGCAGCAUCAAACACGCGUCGCAGCACGAAUCCCUGUAUGACACCUCCAACAUCUACGGCCUCUCAGCUAUGGAUGGUGUGCCUUUCACACUACACCCCAAAUUCGAGAGCAAGCUCAGCUCUGGCAGUAACGCUAUCCUUGCAGACCUGAACGUUAAGUCACUUGCCGAUAUCGAGAAAGAGUACAAUUACGCUUUUGUAGUGGAAAGGACGGCUGCUGCCAGGCUCCCACCCGGCGUUUGUUAGCACCGGAGCCUA